UAAUGAAAUGUUAUUUGUUUCUAGGACGAGCCUUUGCCAGUGGCGAACGCACACGCCCUGCACGGCGUGCCCCCAGCGGUGGCUGCGCCCGCGCAGCCCAGCCACGCGCCGGAGAGCCAUCUCAAAGACGACGCUCUCAACCAAGCCGAGUCGAAAAUUGAUGAAGAUAAGUUACAGAAAAUCGACAAUGACAACUCAAAGAACGAGGCUGACUCUGGUAGCGAUGAGAGCUCGGAGUCCGACAGUUCUGCUGAGGAGGAGGAGGACCUGGACGCCAUCAGGCCGCUGUUCAAGCUGCCCGUGCAGUUUGACCUCGACGAGCUGGCCGGCGCCUUCCUCGCCAACAACCAGAAGGGACGCAUGAACUGCGUGGUGGAGCGUCGCCACGAAGACCCCAUGGAGAGGCGCUUCCCCUUCAACAUCCUCGGAGCCUUCGCCCCGCGCAACGCGCAGGCCGAGCGCGUGGCCAUCAUCUGCCACGGCGGAGACGAACCUAGACCAAUGGGCAGCUUCCCCGAGCCGCAGUCGCAGGUGUUCGCAUUCCCGCUGUCCGGCCCCGUGCGUCUUCCGUUGAGGCCUCAGAUGGACCGCAUGCCCCAAAUGGACCGCAUGCCGCAAAUGGACCGUAUGCCCCAGAUGGACCGUAUGCCCCAGAUGGACCGCAUGCCACCGCCGCCCGCGCAGGAGCCCCGUGUCCCGCCCUUCGCGCCCAUGUCACAUCGCCCAGCGCCUUUCCCUCUACCUAUGCCAUGGGACUCGUCUGAGGAGCAGAUGGGCGCGCCCCGCGAGAUGCGCAUCCACGUGCAGCGCGUGAUCGCCAUUCCCGCGCCCCACAACAUGCCCCCUCCCCCCGAGAACAUGGGCCCCUUCGCGCCCCCGCCGCCGCCCCAGCACCAGCAGAGCGAGGCCAGGCAACCAGCUGUUAUCCACCAGUUUGUGCCCCAGACGGCUCCUACGCAGGAGCUGGAACAACCUGAUGUCCAGAAGAUGCAGAUGGACGGUACACCCGUGCAAAUGAACCUGCCUUGGGAUCUGACCCCUGAGGACCUGCACGCCAUCCACCGCACCGCCCAGGACGCCGCCGCCAGCCAGCGCAGGGAGCAGCAGAUUGACAACGAUAUGCAGGAGGUGAAAACGAUCGUGAACACAUUGGCGGCUGCCGCGGAGGCCGAGGCCGAGGCCGAGGCGCGCGCGCAGGCCGAAGAGCAGCAGCGCCAGGACGAGGGUCAUCCUGAGCCCGCGCACGAAGCGCCCGAGCACGCGCCGCGCGCUCCCCGCACGCUGCUGCUGCCGCAGGACAUGCCCAUGGACGAGAGGCCGCAUUAUAUGCAGCCCCGUUCAGUCCGCAGUGUGGACGCCAUGUUGCGUGAGCCUGACGCGAAGCGCGUCAAGCGCUGCGCUUGCAGCUGCGCCUAAGCUUUCUGCGCUGCAGCCGCUGCGCUCCCGCGCCUCCUCCGUCCAUACCUUCUCAAACUUCCUUGUAACAAAUAGGAUGACAUCGUUUGUUACCCACUUUUGACUGUGACAUUUCGCUAACAGUUCUGUAAAUAAAGUUGUUAACUCUUCAGCUUCAAAAUGUCGUUUUUGUUCUUAUUGGUUAGCACCAAAACGUUAUAUUUAUGAAAUUUUAUGUUUGUUAAUUAAAUAAUUUAUCGUUCGUUUUGGUUCUAAAAAUGUACAUCUAGAUUUAUAAUAAUAACGGAUUACUUUUGAAAUGCAACGUGUAGUAUUAUUAUAGAAAUAGUGAAACGGGCCAAUAAGUAGAGGGCGUUGUAAUAUGCAUGUUAGGGUAUUUCACUGAUAAUAAUAACUUUUAAAUAUUUAUCACAACAUCGAAAUAUUCAAACUCUUUUGACGGGAUAAAACUAAUGUAAGUACCAUUUCUUUUUAAGUAAACAAAGUAGGCAUCUGUAUUAGUAGAAAGAAACUGCAUUUAUUUCUAAACAGAAUGUCUUCGAGUGGGCCU